CUCCGGUCUCCGCGAUCUGUGCAAUAUUAUUGUGCCGGUGUAUGUGUUUUGUCAAAGUGAACUUAAUAAUUGCUUAAGCCUUAUAAGGUGAGAUAAAAGAUAAACGACCAAUAAAAAUGACAAUACUUUCAUAGGAAAUAAAUAUUUCAUCCUAUUUUAAAUGGAAGUAUAAAAAUAAUAUCAAUAAGUUGUGGUUAUUUGGAAUCUUGUCAAAAUGGCGGGACGCUUCACCGUGCAUACGAUUAUACCAGAAAAGUAUAAAUUCUAUAAAACGGUUUGAUAAGAAGCUACAUUUACUAUAAAAUAGCAAAGAGUUAGGAAAUUAGUAUAUUUCGUGAUUCUGGAUUUGUUAGACCAAAAAUUUUAAGUCAUAAAACGUCGUGUUUUUUUUAUCGCAUCGAUGCUCGUAUUUGGGUUUCAUUUUCGUGAUUUGAUACACUAUUCAUAUGAAGAUCUUAUAAAUUACUGUAACGAACUAGUAUUCCUAUCAACAAGAUCAAGAUAUGUUUUAAUGUUAUCGACAUAUCGAUGGUUUUAAACAUCUGAUAAUGGCCGACAAGAAAAAAGAAAACGAACCAGAAGCCGAAGAGGAAUUUUCUGUUGAAAAAGUUCUGGACAGGCGCAUUAAGAAUGGUGUUUUGGAAUAUUACUUGAAAUGGAAAGGAUACAGUGAUGAAGAUAAUACAUGGGAACCAGAGGAUAAUCUUGAUUGUCCAGAUCUUAUACAAGCCUUUGAAGAAGCAAGAAAGAAGAAAGAAGCUGAGGGAAAAAUGUCAAAAACUGAUAAGGAUUCAAAGAAGCGUAAAUCAGCCGCAGCCACACCUGAUCUCAAAGGUGCAAAGAAAGCCAAAAGUGAUGACAAGAAAGCAUCUGGUUUUGAUCGUGGAUUAGAACCAGAAAAAAUAAUUGGCGCUACGGAUAGUAGUGGUGAACUCAUGUUCCUCAUGAAAUGGCAAGGAACAGAUGAAGCAGAUCUUGUACCAGCAAAACAAGCUAAUGUGCGGUGCCCACAAGUAGUUAUUCAAUUUUAUGAAGAAAGGCUCACAUGGCACACACCAGCACUCGAUGAAGGAAAUAAUGAAGACUAAAUAAGACUAAUUUAAAAAAAAGAAGGUGGGAGAGUAUUCCUGAAAUGAGAACACUUUUAUUAGAAUUAUAUUAUUGAUGAGUUUUGACUAUUUUUUCAUAGGAAAAACUAACUUAAAUUAAUUGUUCCAUGGCUGUUUUUUUAUCACACUCCCAAUUGUAUCAUUCCUUUUGUAACAUUACAAAUUAGAAAUUUUAACUUAUUCAGUAAAAUCGACUUGAACUUCUAAGUUGUGGUUGGACUGUAUUUCGCUUUAGGAUUCAUUUCGCUACUGUUUUUAUUUGUGCAAAGCGAUUUGAAAUGGAACAUUAUUUUUAUAUCUUUACGAUAGUAUAUAAGAAAAAAAGUAUUUUUACUUUAAAUAUUAAUCACAGCAAAAAUGUUCUCAUCAAACCAUAUCUCUCCAGUCUGUCUAAUAAACUAUUCUAAGGCGAGGCAAAUAAAAUUAUUCUUUAUAUACCACAAAUUAUAAUUUUCUAUGUAGGUAUAAUAUUUUGACUACAGAAACACUACCUACAUGUAUGAUGAAAUAUAUGGCACAUUGAUAAAAGUUAUUAAAAAUUAAAAUAUAUUUUCAAUGUUUUCGUGUUUUAACCGAUACUGCAUUAGUUAGGUCAUAUGCUAUGAUGUUGAUCAGCAAAAACUUCGUUGUUAGCUUUCUUGCCAAAUUUAGGCAUUUUUAUUGGCAUUGUAAUCCAGUCUAUAAAGUAACAAAAAAUAUUGACCUCAUCAACACAUAGGUACAACUAAGUUUCUUAGUUGUAAGGUAUAUUGGGAUGAAUAUUUAAGGCACAAUAAAAUAGUUUUUAUGAGCUUUUUUAUUAUAUAGAUCGUUUUAAAUUUCGAGAACCAUUUUUUUUCCAAAAUUUGAUCUUUUGCAGAAUUUGUCGCCGUUUAGACUCUAGAUUCCCUUAGAUCCUACAAGAUUUUGUUUAAAAACACAUUGUAGGUUAAGCAAUACUAUUAUUGUCAUUCCUCCUCUAUCGAUACAUUUCAAAUUCCAAAUAAUAGCUACGAAUCAGUCUAUUUACUUAAAGAAUACUACAUCUAUUUACAAGAUUGAGCUUUGUAUAAAACAUCUACUAUGAAAGCGGCUCGAUCUGGAAGUGAACUAAUGAAAAGCGCAAGUUAUUCAUCAUUAUAUUUUACAGCCAAUUCACAGUAAUAAUUGAGCAUCAGAGCCAGAACGCACCAAGUGUCCAUCAUUGUGUAGUUUACUGUUUGUGUACUUUUGUAUAUAUUUGUGUGUUUUAUAAAUGUACAUUGACACUUAAUAAAAUGUGUUCGAUGUUAUGAAGAUGGAUGUCACUAGAAAGCAUAUUGCGAUGACGUCAUAUGCUUAAUGGUUACAACAGAAGCGUUUUUAUUUGGAAAAGUGAAAUAGUUUUGUUCUAUUAGAACCAUAAUUUGAGUCGACUAUUAUCAAAGCCGGCAAUGUGACUUUUGGACAAUUAUUGGUAAAUCAGAAAAACGAAUUAUUGACUUUGUAUUCCAUUGGCAGUCACCAAAACUCUUCUGAUCGACAUCUUAGAUAAAUAACAGGUUAAGUAUUAACCUUUAUUUAAUGCAGGUUUUGAACCGUAUUCUUUGAAGGAGACGAUUAUAUUCAAAUCAAUCUGUAUUGACAUAUCAAUAACAUUUUUUUGGUCAAAUGCACAGAUUGCCACCUUUGAUAAUAGACGACUCAUUUGUAACCUUUAUGUAGUGUCAUUUGGAAUGUGUUGUCGAGUGCUUGGCUACCCUACCCGUAAGGAGCAUUAAUGGCAUUAGAUAAGAAUUUUAUUCUGCAAAACAUAGGAUUAGGAGACAGUAAAUUCACACCAAUAUGGACAUAAUUGAUCGUUGUAGUUGAUGUGAAAAUAUUUUAAUUUUAAGUAUAAAUAUAAGAAAAUAAAAUCAAA